GCCCACGCUGUGCUGUGGAGGCACGGCCCAGUAGGCAGCUCCCUGGGUAGCCACUGUGGUCUUUGCUCCCUUGUUUUCAGGGUGUCUGCGGGGCCUGGCCACCUCUCUGAACACUUUUGGUGGUUUCUCGGUUUGGCCACCAUUAGAACCCAGGUCUCUUGGACCCUGGCGCCGGGCUGUUUUCCCACAGGGCCUGACGGGGUGUCUACCCUGUGGCCCUGGCUCGAUGCUUCACAUGGUCAUCCCAGGGUGCCUGACUGGCCCGCAGAGAUGCCCCCUUCCCGCAGAGAAGGAUCUCUCCAGACUUCAUGACCUUAACUGGUUUCUCUGCCACAUCAUCUGGCCGCCCUCCAAGGGGAAGCCUCCUGGAGCUCUCUCCACUGUACCCGGUCACUAUGUGUAGCCGGAUCGAGCUCGGAGAUGUGACGCCACACAACAUCAAGCAGCUGAAGAGACUGAACCAGGUCAUCUUUCCGGUCAGCUACAACGACAAGUUUUACAAAGACGUGCUGGAGGUCGGCGAGCUGGCAAAGCUCGCCUACUUCAAUGAUAUCGCCGUGGGCGCCGUGUGCUGCAGGGUGGACCACUCACAGAGCCAGAAGAGGCUCUACAUCAUGACGCUGGGCUGCCUGGCCCCCUACCGCAGGCUAGGGAUCGGGACAAAGAUGUUGAAUCAUGUCUUAAACAUCUGUGAAAAGGAUGGCACUUUUGACAACAUCUACCUGCACGUCCAGAUCAGCAACGAGUCCGCCAUCGACUUCUACCGGAAGUUUGGCUUUGAGGUCAUCGAGACGAAGAAAAACUACUAUAAGAGGAUAGAGCCCGCGGACGCGCACGUGCUGCAGAAGAACCUUAAGACCCCCCCGCCUCUCGGCCAGAGCACAGAUGUGCAGAAGCUCGACAACUGAGCCGGGCCCGGGCGGAGGGGCCCCGGGCGGACUGCCGCCUCGCACUUGCUUGUCGCCAAAUACGAGAGACCUGUCGACGAUCCGGUUUUCCUCUCUCCGUCCCCUCUGCCUCGGAAACGCUUGGUUCUCCCGCCCUAGUCUCUCUCCUCCUCUCCCCUCUGGCCUCCCCUGCACAGGUUUUCACGUUCCUUCCGAGGACCUGGGAGACCGGUUGUGUUGAGUGGCUUUUUCCCGUUGUUCUUUUGUGUCUCGGUGAGGGAGGAAGGAUGGAGGGGUUGUGCAGUUGCACAGUGGGUGGCGGGUGGUCCUGAAAGAUGUGGGUGGUUAAGUAGAAUGGCAGGUUUCCUUUGGAGUGGUAUUUUUUUUUUCCUUUAAUCUCCUUUCACAUUGAAGGGCAGAGUGUAGAAAAUCUUCGUGUAUUUCAAAACAAGAAAAAGCAAUACUUUGUCCUCUGUGAGCCCCGGACCGGUUUUUGCGUCUGCGGCGUUCUGGAUUUUGUGUUGGUUUUUUUUUUUGUUUUUUUUUUAGGUGACUUUUUUUUUUUUCCUCAGUUACGAUCUGUGGGAUGCUGUCAUCUUAGCAGCCGUGGCCGUGCCCUCCACCUCCCAUUCCUCCCGAGCCCGCUUUUGGGACUGGGAGCAUUGUGAACCCUGGAAUGAAUUUCAGCCUAAUCUUUGGUUGCUGGCCUCCCUCCUCGCUACCGCCCCUGCCUCUCCCUCCCCGCAGGGUGGAGUGGGGGGUUCGGAUGUAGGAAUGGCAGCCCGGUCUGUGUCCUGUACUCUUCUGGUCUCUGAAUGUUUGAGUUCAACUUUUCCGCUUUUGACUGGUGAGUGGCAAUUUUGCUCUCCCUGCUACAGGUUGUUUCUGGAGGCAUGAGAGCAAAUUGUGCACAGAGAGCUGCUGGAGGUCAGGUUGGGUGGGUGAGGUACUCACUGCCAUCCCACCCAUUGCGGCCUUUGCCCAGAAACAGGUUUGAUGCGCUCCUGGUUCGUGGUUUUUGGGUUUUUUUCUCUCUUUCUCUCUCUCCCUCCCUCUCUCUCCUUCCCCCUCCCCCCCUUUUUUGUUUGUUUUUUUGUUGGUUUUUUUUGUUUGUUUUGCUGCAAACCCCUUGUCUGCUCCUGGAAUAAAGUUAACCCUAAAAGUAGUUAGUCAAGCCGUUCGGCAGCGAUUCCCCGGCCGGGGCGAUUCUGUGAGAAUCUGAGAUACUUCCCUGCCGUCGAGCAGUCGUUCAUCCUUUUGUUAAGAUGUCCCUGUUCAGUAGGAAACGGUUGGAGUGGCGCGUAUGGAGCAGGCUGCAGGGAUCUGCUCUGCUUUGGCUGUGGGCUCCUCAGGGCAGGCUGAGCUCCGACGGGUGACGAGCAAAGAAAGCUAUGGCCUCCGAGGAAGGGACUGUGGUGGCUGGCUCACAGUGUGCCACUCCCUGUCCAGGGAGGGGGAGAGAGUGAGAGAGAGAGAUCCACAGGCAGUGAUGAUAUGUGUAGUAGCCUCCUGGUGGUGGUUCCCUUCUCAGUGCUAAUUUUCAGUCUGUCUGGGAACAGGAAAACGGAGCGCUCACACUGGACUGCGGGGCCGCUUUAAGCCCUCCCCGCCGUGGAAGACCACGCUUGGCCUCCCCCAUUUCCUUUCUCUGGAAGAGGCCUGAGGCCCGUGGGGAGGCGACUGACGACUGACGGUUUUGCGGAUCCCGAGGCUGGAGCCUCCCCCGGGGCUUUCCGUUCUAGAAGGAAGAGGCGGCGGGCCGCCCGGGGCUGGGUGGAGGGCUGCUUUGGGAGCCGCAGGUAUGAAGAAUGAAUUGUGAAGAAUGAAUGGCUAGACUGGGCCUCUCCCCUACUCCCGUCCCCCUGGCUCCGGUCCCCUCUCGGGUAGGCGGAUGAUAUCUGGAUGGUGUUGGUGAUUCCUGAGACUUGGGCCAAAGACUAGCAAGUUCAGAGACAGGGCUAGAAGAAGCUGUUCAGGGUUCCUUUGAAGGCUGCCAGAAGCUGACACUUUCAUUGGUGAUUUUUCCAUCCACUUUCCCCCCUUCCGGGGGAUUUCGGGGUGAGUGUGGCUUCUCUGAGCUCCCCCAUCCACCUGUUUUCUGGAGCUACCUGUGUUGGGGUCUGGUCAGGCCACGAGGCCCCCUCACUCAGCUGGCCCGUUCCGGUCAGAGCGUGCCGGUGGGGGUCAGUGGGCCGCCUCUGGCUCCAGGAGAAGAAUAAAGUGUGAACGAUCCCGGCCUGGUGAGUGCUGGAGAAAGGCCACAGUUGCGGAAUUAGAACCCGGUCCACCCGUGGGCAGAGUAGGCGGAAGCCGGGGGUCUGGCGGGCUGUGAGGUUGGCUGAAACGGUUUUGGGGUGUGGAGUCCCGUAGCUGGGGCGUUGAACACCCAUUGGCUUGAGACCCUCCUGCUCCUCCCCUUAACUCUUCUGCCCGAGAGUGGCCCCCACCAAACCAUCCCCACUGGGGUCGGAGGUUUCACGGGGCAGUUGUUGCCCCUUCAAGUCUUGGGCAUGAGACCAUACGAGGAAAAUCUAUGCAACUAAUACUUGGACCCCGGGUGUAAGCUGUGUAUGUGAAGGAUCUGCCCAGACCGAGGAACCGGGGAGGGGGGACCCAGAGCUCCCUCGUUUUUGGAGAGGGAAGAACUUUUUAAACAAUGCUUCAGAGGCUGGGUUUAACUUGCUGUUGAUUUUUUGCUGCCAUUGCUGUUCUGUGUGAAAUAAACGUGUGCUGUUUUGUUCCGGGA